UUUGUAAAUGCAGUGGUGGUUUUCUAUCUAUAAUUACUUUGUUGUCAAAUAUGCCAUUUCAGGUUUGAGAUAUUUGCGGCUAUGUGAGGGCCGUCCAAAAGACAAAGACAAAGGACCCGGAUUGUUGCGUUAAAAAUGUUGCACCACUACAAUUAUUCCACCUCAUUGAGCCAUUUCCUCAGCUACCACCAACUGGAAGAACAAAACGCGAGCGAAAACGACCACACCAUAUCGAGUGCUCUCUGUGAUGAACUCUCCCAAGAGGACGAUCUGCGAUGUAGGAGCAACUCGUCCGCGUCCAACAAUAAAUCUUUCACCAUUGCUGCGAUAUUAGGUUUAAAGAACGAUGGCAAAGACAUGAGUCCCGCACUCGGUGAAUUAAGUGUCAUGAAUUUGAGCGUUCAUCCCGCUGUGAGUGCCGACCGGUCUUUAGCAUGUGGGAGACUUCAGCUUCCGGUGCAUCGACACGGAACCGCCGCCACCGCCGCCGCCGCCGCCGCCGCAGCAGCCGCCGUCGCACAACACUACUCAGUUGCUCAGGGUUGUCCAUCUAGACAAUCAGUGAGAGGUUUAAAACACAUGUCGCCGUCAAGUUUGCAACAGGCGAGUAAAAAGAAUUGUAAGAGCAAACGUGUGCGGACAAUCUUCACUCCCGAGCAGUUGGAACGUCUGGAGGCGGAAUUCGAGAGGCAGCAAUACAUGGUCGGACCAGAACGUCUCUAUUUAGCCCACACUCUACAACUGACGGAGGCUCAAGUGAAGGUUUGGUUCCAAAACAGGAGAAUUAAAUGGCGAAAACACCAUUUGGAACUGACUCAUCAACGGCUGGCAGUUUUGAAGCAACAGCAAUUGAUGUUGGACGACUCUCAUCCGGACGUGCAGGACACGAAUAGUUCCGGCACAGAUACGUGAAAGGAAACAGUUUGAACGGUGGAAAAAUUCAAUUUGUAAAUAUCUAAGAACCCGUGGAACGUAGUGCAACACUUGAAACCAAAGCCCAACUUUUGAUUCAU